AUGAGACCUAUAAAUGAAUUUAUCGAUCAUCUUUUUCUUGCUUGUGGUCAAUCUGAAGAAAAACUCUUUCAAUUAUCAUGCAAUCAUAUUGUUCCAGCAGAUAAUGUACUUGCUAUAGCACUGCCAUCAGGUCGACAAAAUAUUGAAUUUGAAUUUACUGCUGUCAAUCGUUCGAAUACAACCAUGAUGGAUGAAUUAGGACGUGUUCUUCUAUCACUUUGUUCUAUUAUACCAGAUGGUCUAGUGAUUUUCUUUUGUUCAUAUGAUCAUUUACAAAAAACUUAUGCAUAUUUUGAAAAAACAUUUGUUCUAAAUAAGAUUGUGACCAAAAAGAAGAUUUUUAUGGAACCAAAACGUUCAAGUGAUGUUGAUACUAUUCUUACGAAUUAUACAAAAUCAAUCAAAAAUGGUACUGGCGGUUUACUUUUUUCAAUUGUCGGUGGUAAAAUGAGUGAAGGAAUAAAUUUUUCUGAUGAAUUAGCUCGAUGUGUAUGUGUUGUUGGUAUGCCAUAUCCCAAUAUAGGUUCAUCUGAAAUGAUUGAAAAAAUGCGUUAUUUGGAUUCAAUGAAAUUAAAAUCUACUACAGCAGGAGAUACUGCUGGUAGAGCCUAUUAUGAAAAUACAUGUUGGAAAGCAAUUAAUCAAAGUAUUGGACGAGCUAUUCGACAUCGUGGUGAUUAUGCUUGUCUUCUUUUAAUUGAUAAACGUUAUAGUAAAACAAAUAUACCAUCGAAAUUACCUCAUUGGCUAGCAAAUAGCUUUCAUCAAAUGAAUAAUUUUAAUCAAUCAUCAAAUGCAAUUCAACAGUUUUUUAUUCGACGUUCAAAUAAACCAACAUCAUCAUAA